GCCGUGAGAGGAGGAGGAAGAAGGGUGGCCAUGGCUAUCGUGGACCUCAUGUGCUGUCUCUUAUACACAUCUAGAUGUGUAUAAGAGACAGGGAGAGAUGCAAAAUGAGAGCGGGGUGGCAUGUUCACGAUGGAGCUGGGAUGGAAUGUGAAUGCUAUGAAGGAGGAGGAGGAGGAGGAGGAGGAGGAGAUGGUCGAGACUUGUGUCAGGCAACGGCGGCAGGACGACAGAGACAGAGGAUCCUGAUGGUUUCGGAUUUUUUUUACCCCAAUUUUGGGGGUGUAGAGAACCACAUUUACUUUCUUUCCCAAUGUUUAAUCAGGCGGGGCCACAAGGUGGUUGUGGCAACACACACAUACGGAGGGGGCAGAACUGGGGUCCGUUAUGUGAGUGGUGGCUUGAAGGUAUACUAUCUCCCCAGACUUGCCUUCUAUCUUCAAAGCGUCUUCCCAACCUUUUAUGGAACCUUUCCCCUUCUUCGAGUCAUCAUGCUGCGAGAGAGAAUAACCCUUCUUCAUGCUCACCAGGCCUUCAGCUGUCUUGGCCUUGAAGCCCUUCUUCAGGCGCGGACGAUGGGGUACAAAGUGGUCUUUACAGACCAUUCGCUGUUUGGAUUUGCGGAUGCAGCGAGCGUUCACAUGAACAAGGUCCUGAAGUUUGUCCUCGCCGAUGUGCAUCACGUCAUAUGCGUCUCACACACGAGCAAAGAAAACACCGUCUUACGGUCAGGCCUGCCGGCGCAGCGCGUGUCUGUCAUUCCGAAUGCGAUCGAUACCUCAGCUUUCAAACCGGAUCCAUCGCGGCGCAAGGAAGGCGUAAUUACAAUCAUCGUGAUCAGCAGGUUGGUUUAUCGCAAAGGCAUUGAUCUGCUUGUGGAGGUGAUCCCUCAAGUGUGCAAUCUGCAUCCAAAUGUGGAGUUUUUGAUUGGUGGGGAUGGUCCAAAGAGGGUGCGACUUGAGGAGAUGAGAGAGAAGUGGGGGCUUGAGAGGAGAGUGGAGAUGGUCGGGGAGGUGCCGCAUGCCAGGGUGAGAGAGGUCCUUGUGCGUGGUCAUAUUUUCCUCAAUAGUUCCUUGACAGAGGCCUUCUGCAUUGCCAUUCUCGAAGCGGCAAGUUGUGGCUUGGUUACCGUGGCGACGCGGGUCGGCGGGGUUCCCGAAGUGCUUCCGCCUGGAAUGAUUGUCUUGGCAGACCCAGUACCAGCGGACAUCGUGGCGGCGUUGGGAAGAGCGAUCGAAAUGCUGCCGACGGUCAAGCCGCAGGAGAUGCAUGAGCAGGUGAGGGGGAUGUACAGCUGGCAAGAUGUGGCGGAGAGGACGGAGCGCGUGUACGACAUGGUCGCGCACGCGAAAGACGAUACUCUGCUGGAUCGCCUUGGGAGGUAUUACAACUGCGGACCAUGGGCGGGGAAGCUGUUUUGCUUGGUAGCGGCUGUAGGGGUUCUUCUGCUCAAGUUCCUGGAAUGGUGGCAGCCUGCAAAGUCCAUUGAGAUGGCGCCAGAUCUCAAUCCUCAUUCUUUAGGAGGGAGAUCCAGGGGGAUAAGGAGCCAAGAUCGCGGAACAACUUCCCUGCCCAUGGUCGUGGAGGAGGGAGAUCCAGGGGGAGAAGGAGCCAAGAUCGCGGAGGAUGGCGACUGAUCGCGGAGGAGGGAGAUCCAGGGGGAGAAGGAGCCAAGAUCGCGGAGGAUGGAGAACCUGGAGGAGAAGGAGGCAGGUGGUGGCGGCACCAGUUGAGUCUUGCCUCUUGACUCUGUUUGUUCUUGGCUCUAUUCGUUCCUGGCUCUUGGCUUGGCGUUGAGGUUGGCUGGUGUCACCCGAAACGUCCUAGAAUAGA